GGUGUCGCGUAUCGGACUCGCAAUAUGCACAGAAAGCUCGCGAUCGCAUUGUUUGUCGCUAUCUUGUUCGGGAAUCCCCUUUCCGCGGCGCGAAAAAGUGAAGAAAGUUAGUGAUAGUCUGUCUCUGCUUCGUUAUAUCCGCGAUCGGAUUCGAAGAAUUGUUUAUUUCGAAUGGGACGCGUGAUUAAGUAAUCAUGACGUGCAAUGAUAAACCAAAGAGCUACGCACUUGGCAGGCACAAUAUUGCGCGUGCAAAAAUGAAAUGCAAAGAAUACGCCAAUCUGGUUUACGAGACCGAGAACUCGCCGACUUUGCGUAUAAAUGCCGGCUCGAAUAAAGUCUCCCGUUGCGCCGUUGUCGAGACACCUCUAAUCAUCGGCGGAAUCCAAGCGAAACAAGCGGAAUUUCCGCACAUGGCGGUGAUCGGUUAUGGCAAGCCCGACGUGUCCUGGCAAUGCGGAGGAAGCGUUAUCUCCGAGAAUUUUAUUCUGACCGCGGCGCAUUGUGUGGAAUCUCCGGACAAGGGUCCCGCAACCCAAGUGCGAGUCGGCUUGAUCGAUCUGUUAACGCCGGGCGAUGCUAUGCAGGAGAGGAACGUCGCGGAAAGAAUUAGGUAUCCGGAUUACAAGUUUUCGGUCAGGUAUCACGAUAUAGCGUUACUCAAGCUCGAACAUCCGUUGGAGUUGAAUCCUCGAGUGCGACCCGCGUGUCUCGAAGUAUAUUCCCAGAUACCGGGCAAAAGCGCUAUCGCCUCUGGAUUUGGAAAAACAUCCUACGAAUCCAGUAUCGGUAGCAACGAAUUGAUGAAGGUCCAGUUGAAUUACAUUUCCGACGACGAGUGUAAAAAGGCUUACGCUGAGGAUCUCGGUACUCGACGGCUGCCCGAGGGUUUAAUAUCGAGCUUACUUUGCGCUGGCAUAAUGGAAGGCGGUAAAGACACCUGCCAGGGCGACAGUGGCGGUCCAUUGCAAAGAAUCCUUGCGGAGCCUUAUUGCAUGUACAGCAUCGUGGGUGUGACGAGCUUCGGCAAGUUUUGCGCCUUUAAAUCAUCGCCCGCGAUAUACACCCGAGUCAGUUCUUAUCUCGAUUGGAUUGAGAGUACCGUUUGGCCGUAAAAAUUAAACACGGAAGCGUAUCAACGAACGCAAUCCUCAAAUUUAAUUCCAACGGUUUCGAAGAACAAACAGUGGAGAACAAUUAUGUGUAAAGUCAUUGAAGUGGGUGAGAAAUUGAGUAAUAAUUGAAAUAAAAAAAAUGACAACAUCACCAUAUUA